AUGUGCGCGAAAAAGCGGCCUGUUUCAUGUCCACACAUUAUCAAGGAGUACAACAAAAAAAUGGGUGGGGUAGAUAAAGCCGAUAUGUUGAUUUCUUUAUAUAGGGUUGCUCUGAAAAGCAAGAAAUGGUAUAUGAACAUUUUCAGCCACCUCAUCGACAUUUCUCUGAAUAAUGCAUGGCUUGCGUACAAACGUGAAAUGCAGGAAAUGGGUGAUAAUUCUAUACCAUUGAAAAUGUUUCGAAUCCAAAUUGCAGAUGCACUAAUAAAAUCAGACACGCGUAUAAAAAUUGUAAUAGAUUCAGAAAUUUCUGCUGAAAUCACUAAACCUAUAGUUCCGAGGCCGCCACCAGAGAUGCGGCCCAAUAUGAGUUCGAGGAUUCCACGUUCAGAUCCUAGGCUUCCAAUUUUGUCGUCCGACGACUUGGAAAGCAUUUUAGAAUGGCAAGAUAGUGAAGAUAGCUUAGAUUUCUCAGACGACGAUGAUGUAGCUGAUCCAUCGUACGUAUUGGAGGUAAAUGAACAAAAUUUACGUCAAGAGUCAGAUGAGGAGCCCGAAGUUCCCUACCUAGGAGAUCAGGACGAUAACAUCUUGAUAACAAACUCUGAGGCUAAUACCAGCGCUUCAACUCAACCAUGUAAGACAUCAGCUGCCGCUCCACUACCCAUUACCAGCUCCGAAAUUGGAACCACACCACGAAGCACGUGUUCCUAG